ACACAAAUAUAAUGUUUGUUUUAAGUGGAACAGUCAGCAAUUCACCAGAGUUGUCCAUGAAAUGCGAAAGCUUCAAUGUUCCCUCAACAAGCAACACCCCAUGUAUCAAUAAACCAAUAGAAGAAGCAGAUACUAGAAUGCUUCCCCAUAUAGUAGAUGCCUUAAAGAAUAACAUAUGUAGAGUGUCUGUCAUAUCAAAUGACACUGAUGUCUUUGUCAUGGUUUUGCACUAUGCAGAAAAACUAAAGGACUAUGGAGCAUCAGAGAUAUGGAUACGAGCUGGCAUCGGGGACUCAACAAGAUAUCUUCCUAUGCAUACAUUAGCACUGAGAG